ACAAUCUAAGUCCAUUUUCUAUUUGAUUACUUUUUGUUCAUUAAGGAUCUUCUUAACCUUCUUUUGGAACUUGAUUUUUGUGUGUUGAUUUUAUAUCCUGCUACUUUAGUAAACUGGUUUAUUGUUUUAAUUAGUUUUCUGUGGAGUGUUUAGGGUUCUCUGUGUAUAUUUUAUCAUCUGCAAAUAGUGAUAGUUUUACUUCUUUCACUAUUUGGAUUCCUUGUAUGCCUUUCUCUUGCCUUAUUGCUCUAGCUAGGACUUAGAGUGUUAUGUUUGAAAACCAGUGGUGAGAGUGGACAUCUUUGUCUUAUUCCAGAUCUUAAGGGAAAUGUUUUCAACUUUUGACCAUUGAGAAUGAUAUUGGCUAUGGGCUUGUCAUAUAUGGCCUUUAUGAUGUUGAGGUAUGUUCCUUGUAUCCCAAGAAUUUCGAGGGCCUUUAUCAUAAAUGGUCUUCCAGUAGUGUGGGGUUUGAUCUCUAUGAAAUGGGAGGGUUCCUUUCUUUCUUUUUGUGGUUGAUUUCUAGCUUGCUGCCUUUAUGAUCAGAGAAGAUAGUAGGCAUGAUUUCAGUCUUCAAGUAUCUGUUGAUGUUUGUCUUGUGGUUCAGUAUGUGCUCAAUCCUGGAAAAUGAUCCAUGUGUUCUUGAGAAAAAUGUGUAUUCGGAUUUUGGGGGGUACAGUGUCUUGUGUAUGUCUGUUAGGCCCAUGAGGUCUAGGUCUUUGUUUAGGACUAUAGUGUUCUUGUUUAUUUUUUGUCUCAUUGAUCUGUCCAUUGGUGAGAGUGGGGUGUUGAAAUCUCCUACUUUAUAUGUAUUUUUUCUAAUGUUUGUUUUCAGAAAUGAUAAUAAUUAAUAUAUUUUGGUGCUCCUUCAUUUGGUGAGUAUAUAUUGUUGAGUGCUAUAUCUUCCUGGUGUAUUGUCUCCUUGAUCAUAAUGUAGUGACCAUCUAUGUCUCUUUUACCUUUCAUAGUUUGAAGUCUAUUUUAUCUGAUGUAAGUAUGAUUGCUCCUGCCUUCUUUUGGGUUCCAUUUGUUAUAGAAUUGUUUUCCAACCCUUUACAUUCAGUCUAUGGUUAUGUUUUGCAGUUCGCUUUGUUUCCUGGACACAGCAGAAGGUUGGAUUCUGUUUUUUAAUCCAGCCUGUUACUCUGUGUCUUUUUAUUGAUAAAUUUAGUCUAUUUACAUUUAGGGUUAUUAUUGAUCACUGGAGUCUGUGCGUGCCAUUUUGUUCCUCAUUUUGUGGUUCUGUUCCUUACCUUAUUCUGUUCUUCCUAUUCAUGCAUCUGUUGGCUUAGACUUAAAGGCUCCUUGUAAUAUAUUUUGGAGUGGGGGUUUGGUGGUAAUGAAUUUCUGAAGAUUUUAUUUAUCUGAGAAGGCCCUUAUUUUUUCCUCGUAGAGGAAGUAGAGCUUUGCAUGGUAUUCUUGGUUGGCAUUUUUUGUCUUGGAGUUAGUUGAAUAUGUCACUCCAUUCUCUUCUUGCCUAUAGUGUUUCUUAAGAGAAGGCUGAUGUCAGCCUAAUUGGUUUUCCCUUACAGGUUAUCUGUUUCUUCCUCCUCAUCAAUUUCGAUAUUUUUAACUUGUCUUGGACUCUUGGAAACUCUUCUAUUAUGUGUCUUGCUGUAGUUUCAAUGUAUGGGAACUGAUCAAGGUACCCUAUCUCAUGGGUGAUUGUUUGCCAGACUCAGCAAACAGUAGGGAUGUCUAGAGUGCCUUCUGCAGGCCAGCCGACGCCCAGUGCCGGCCUUUCAAGCUCACAGUAUAUACGUAACUUUCCAGGACUGAGUUUAACACCAAAGUCUCCUGAGAAUCCCUUUUUGAAGUUUUUAAGCAUGGUCUCGAGGACCAUCUCUUUGCUCUGAUUCCCUCCCGUUGUGUUCAAUGUCGCAGCUAGGGAAGAGGGAGCAUACAGAUGCUGUCCUGGCCUUCCCACUCUCGGAGAUUUUGACAAGUCACCGUUCAGCCAUAUGACUUGUCAGCGGAACCGCAGAUGCUGGAGGCCUCAUUCCUACUGCUGGCAACCCUCUUGCUGGGCCUGUUGCUGCUGACACUGCUGCUCUUUUUGAGAUGCCGGGGCUUACUCUUUGUCUUAUGGAAUGAGUGGGUCCUGCAGAACGUCUGCAACCUGCUCAUGGGCAACAGCAAGGAGCAGCGCAUCCUGCGCCAUGUGCUGCAGCAUGCUGUAGCCGGGGACCCACAGAGUGUGAUAGAGGCUAUCGAUGCCUACUGUUCUCAGAAGGAAUGGGCCAUGAACGUGGGCAACAAAAAAGGAGAGAUUGUAGAUGCUGUGGUGCGGGAAAAGCAACCCCGAGUGCUGCUGGAGCUGGGGGCUUACUGUGGCUACUCAGCCGUCCGUAUGGGCCGCCUGCUACCUCCUGGUGCCCGACUGCUCACCAUCGAGUUCAACCCCGACUACGCCACCAUCACCCAGCAGAUGCUGGACUUUGCAGGCCUGCAGGACAGGGUCACUGUUAUCCUUGGGGCAUCUCAAGACAUCAUCCCCCAGCUAAAGAAGAAAUGUGACGUGGACACACUGGACAUGGUCUUCCUUGAUCACUGGAAGGACCGGUACCUGCCAGACACGCUCCUGCUGGAGGAGUAUGGCCUAUUACAAAAAGGGACAGUGUUGCUGGCUGAUAACGUCAUUUUCCCAGGAGCACCGGAAUUCCUGGCACAUGUUCGUGGGAGCAGCCGCUUUGAGUGCACGCACUUCCCCUCUUACCUGGAAUACUCACAGAUGGUGGCGGAUGGCUUGGAAAAGGUCAUUUAUCUGGGCCCAGGCAGCCCGGCAAGGCCUUAACUGCCCGCCCUACUCUCGGCUCUCUUACUAAACCUGGUUAUGAAGAGUAUGGUAGAGAUGCUCCUGCCAGUCCCACUUCUGCAGUUCUGGGGUCUGCCCCUGACAUAGGACACUUGAGGCGUGUAUGCCCAGGUUGGUCCACACUGGCCCGUCUACACAGUGGAUCCAGACUGUCAAUACUGCCUACCCCCAAGUGCAAAUGGCUCACUAUGCAAAAUCACUGCAAUAAAUGUGGAAAGCAAAUCCCACUGAUGAUAUCACUCGUCCCCACCAGCAUUCUAGUUGGGUUUCUUACACAGGCCGUCCUCAGGUAUGGACAGAGCCACACAGGAAAUAGCAGGGGGCUGGGAACAUCUGGGUCUGUGGGAGUGCACUCAAGUCUGUUCCUGAGGUAUGCUGCCACCAAUGGCAGUAGUUCCUUGGAGUGGCCACGAGCCAACUCAGAGCACACUGCAGUUCUUUCACCUCCUUUUUAAGAAGGAAAUACAACUUCUUUACUAAAACUGACUAGCUAUUAAUAAUCUUAUAUGCAGUAUCAUGUUUAAAGGAUAUUAAAAUAGAAGUAAAGAUCUAAAUAUUUAGAUACAACAUGAACUCUGUGCUUCAACCACUAUGCUUCUCCUUUCCUUUGAUACCCUCAGCUUUGGCACCAAACGUACCAUGUUCCCCUUGACUGGAUGCUGCCUGCCCAAGGGCUCCCAGCCAUAGCAGUGGAGGGGAAGCCAGCCCUGCUCAGCACUGCUCCUGUGGCCAAAGGCCCAGUCACAGCUCCAUGGGGCCUGGGUCCCCCCCAGCUGGCCCUGAAUGGUGAUGCAUUCACCAGGCCCACCUGGCCUUGUUUCUGGAAGAGGGAGUGGGUUCAGGCUGCCCAGUUGGCAAGUUAUGAAGUGCACCUAGUUUGCAUUUACCCAAAGCCAGAGUUGCCCCCAGUCCCCACCCUGGCCCUCUAGCCCCAAGGCCCCUGAAUGGCUGGGCUGCUGGCCACCUCAGGCUCCCCAAGGACCCAGCUGAGGUCCCAGACACUGGGAUACCACCCACAGGCUCAGGGUCCAGCUAACUAUCAGGAGCAAAUGGACUCCUCUUUGUGCACAGAAAAGGUAUCACAGUAAGCCUGAUAUAGAGAAACACCCAGGGGCCUGGGAGCUGAGACCCUCAAUACAGCAGUCAUUUGGGGCCACCUCAGCCCUCUCCCCACCCAUAAACAGGAAAAAGUAGCUUGUAUUGAGAGAUCUGAGGCACAGAGGACAGAAGUUCCUUUGUUGCUAUUUUAAUUUUUAAAUUUUCUUACAAAAAUUUAGAUGUUAACCAAUAACCAGUCAUAAUAUGGAUUUGUUUUUAAUUAUUUUUGCCAGUUAUUUUCUUCUGUUUUUAAGUCAUAAACAGCAGGCACUGAACAGCAGUCCCUGCCUGUUACCAACAGUCAGUUCCAGAGGUGCUAUUCAGAUGCCCAAGGCCACAGGGAAGGCUUCACUAAACUGGGGCUCUACCUAUCCAAGGGCGGGAUGGGGACAAGCACAGCCUGACCCCCAACUCACUGCCUCCAAAGCUUCACUGUCUGGGACAGUCUCACUAAAGCAGCCAUUAAUCCAUGGUCUGCUGGCCAUGCAAGGGGAAACCUAGGGCCCUCCUAGGUAGAGGACCCUCCUCACGGCCCAGCUGCCAGCCCUCAGGGGCACUGCAUAGAUAGGAGCACACGUUCCUACUGGCAACCCCAAAGCAGUCAGGUACCCUUUCCUGCAGCCUUCCUGGUAAGUCUGUCUGUCUGUCUGUCUGUCUCUCUCUCUCUCACACACACACACACACACACAGCAUGACCUAGAGGGGAGAAAGGAAGGGAGCAAGGAAGAGGCAGGAAGAUGUGUCCAGAAAGUCUGGCCUGGCUCAGCAAGAGGUACUGCCAAGCCCUGCCGCAAGGGGGCUCCAAGUGCCACAGCAAGGUCUGCGCAGGACGGCCCAGAAGUUUCCUUCUCCCUGUGAUCAGAUCCCUAAGAACAGAUGGCUGGGCCCGGGCCCUGAGGAUGGAGAGGGUAACGCUGAGCAGAGCAGCCUGGUGGCUGGGUGGCUGCCUCCACAGUCAAGGGGGAUGGAAAUGGGCAAAAAGGCAGCCGCUGGGGUGGGAGCUACCAAUCCCAGGGUCUUGGCACCAGGGCCAAGCCAACUUGUUUGGUCCUUGGGGGUCCUAUGCUUGGGGUAUUUGCAAGUAUAAGGGCACCCAUCCCUGCUCUGGCCCUAUCUCCUGGUCCCUACAGAACUGUGCCUGGGCUGGAGGUGCAGGCCAAGGAGACCCCUCCCUCUCUGACCCCAAUGUGCCCUUCCCUAAGGUGGGCAUCAGACCUGCUGAGCUGGAGGAGGGGUCCUGCUGGGAGAGCAGAGCAUGCAGCCAGCAGAGACAAGAUGCUCAAGGUCCAGAAGACAAGAAACCAAUGUGAGAACGUACCAGGCAUGCAAGCUAGACCCAGGAGUCAACAGGUUGAGGUUUAGUGUCCCCCACGGCGUCCACCAGCCUGACUGUGGGCCUGCUGGGCCCAGGAGGAGGGACCUUCCUGCCAAGGUCGGGCUGCAGCAGAUAGGUGGUGGCAGAGAGCAUUAGAGGCAAAAAAGAGCAUGUUAGUUGACCUGGGGAGGGGGACACCGGUCAGUGGGAUGGGGACAGAGCAGGGGUAGACACAAGGGCAGGACUGAAGGCAAAGGGUAGCUAGCCAGUGCGGCUCACACAGAUGCAGAGUGACACGCAGACACAGAUGGCUGUGCCUGAAGUCAAGGGAUCAGCAAAGAGAAGGUGACAACUUCUGCCCUGGAAAUGGGACUGCAGCAGCCUUCAUCCACACACACAUGCAGAGACGGGUAUGCAAACUUGCUCAGGCUUCCCCCACCCUGGGCAGUGGCCUUGGUUCCAUGCCACCUCCCUCCCUGUGGGUAGGAACUUGAACCAUCUACAUCCACAGACUGAAUCUGACUUGAGGUUCCCAAGGCCAGAGGCCUUGCUCCUGGCUGUGGUUUUCGUGUCCAGUGGCCCACCCAGCCAGAACCCAGUAUCUUGCCUGGCUCCUUUCCAGGAGCCACUGGACCCUAUGUCACCAACUUGGGUACCUGCCCACAGCCACUUACUUUCAAUGGUUCCUUCUCAGAAACCUCCCCUGCAGGGUCACUGCCUCGAGCCCUCCGCUCCCUCCGGUCUGUGGUGGAGUAUCCAUCUGUGGAUUGGGGGAAUAAGAGGGACUCUGAAGGGCACACAUGGGAAGAAGACCCCCAUCUCAUCAUAGGGGGCCCUGCCCAUCACCAUCAGGGGGCCUAUGCCAGCUCUUCACCGAGACCCUCCAAACCCCGCUCAGAGAACAGACCUUAGGCUGGGCACCAACACUGCCUGGCUAGGCUACCCCUCAUUCCAUAGACACCAUUCUUUUUUUUAACAUUUUAAAAGGACAGGUUUAUUAGGAAAAGAGGAAAGAAAAAGAAAGGCACCUGCAUAGGCACAAGCAGACAGAAGAGCUCCCCUGAACACCCUAAAAAUAAAUCUCUCAUCCUACCAGCAGCUCCUUCAAAGGCCUUCCUAGCACAAAAUUCAAAACCACUUGGUCAUCUCAGGUCCCUGCCUCCUCCCUGCACUUACCUGGGCCCAGAGUCUCCAGGGGUAUCACAUCCUGGCCACUAGGUUUUUCACCAUCUGCAAGGUAUAAGGCAGGCGCUGGCUACUUGCAAGCAGGAGUGGGAGUGGGGCAAGUGGACAAGUCCACGUCAACCCCUGGUGCCCUCUGUCACUAACAUCUUUGCCCCCUUCUACUGGGCCUCUGCCCAGUGGCCCCACUGCCCCCACCCCCAGUUUGGCACCAAUGUGGACAGAUGAAGACAAUGGGAAACUCUUCUCCGCAAUCCUGGGGCCAUCUCCUGGAAGACAUCGGCCCUCCUCCACCCUCUCUGGUCGUACUGUCAACAGUGUGGGUUGAGGGAGUCAGUCAAACCCAACUGAUAGGUUCCCAUGCCCUCCACCUCACUCACCAAGGCUCUUGUCCACCAGUGGAAGUGUGCUAUCCUCAAAGCCGCCCAGACUCGCUGCUCCCUUAGGACCCUUGGUGUUAGCAGUAGCUGACUGGGGAGGCACAAAACAGACAGGGGUGAGGUCAAGGCUACUCCCUUGGGGGACCCCGCCUGCGGAGUGAAGGAGAAAAGGAAAGCAGCUAUACCUGAAAGCGGGCCUUGGACCAGCCAUCCCUCUGCAGGGCCCCACGCAGCUCCUUAUAGCUCCACACUGUCUGUAGCACGUGGGACGCAGCCUUCGCCUCACGCACGGAUUGGCUACAACCACGGCGCAGGCUCAGCAUCUUGUCCACCCAACCCACCAUACCACCCCAUUCUCCCAGGGCCUUGGCUCCACUCACCUGGCUGCACCCAGUGCCACCAGCACAGGCACGCCUCGGGCCUGCAGGAGUGAGCGGGCAUUGUCCAGACUGUUGGACACAAUCUCAUGGAUGGUGUUGAGCACCGCCACCACUGUGUCCUCCUCCAGCCGGGCACCAGGUCUGGCUGGAGCCUGUGCACUGCGCACAUUCCGCACCAGCUCUGCCAUGGCAUAGCUCCCUGAGGAGUGGGGUCGGUGUGAGGACACGCCUCUGCCCCACCUCGGCGGGAAGUGGACAGAUUCCAGCUAGGGCGAUGCAGGGGCUCCCCGGUGUGCUAGGGGCUAGGUCCCGACCACAUCAGGAAGGCUAUGAGCUGAAGAUCCCCACCAAGGCCGCCCAGUGCCCACCAGGGGAAACCCCAAGCCACCCACCCAGUUCUCCAUCUGGGUUCUGCCUCACAGGCAUCCUCACCAAUAAGGUCCUUGUUGCGCUGGUCCAGCGAUAGGUUGCGAAGGGCAAUGGCAACGGCACGCACCACCUUGUCGGUCUCAGACUGCAGCAGCUCUACGAGCACUGGCAGUCCACGUUCCUUGCGUACCGUGGCACGAAUGUAUGUGGCCCACUGUGGCAGUGGCAGCAGUGGAGGAGUGUGCUCAGCACACGAAGUUGUCCCACACAGGCUGGACACUCCCACCCGAGCCCUGAACACUCCCUCCAGCUGCACAGGCAAAGUCCUACCCUGGCAACUCAACUCCUUCUCCACUGCGUGUCCUGAACCUCCUGGACCUUGGGGGAGGUGGUGUGUCUCCUCCUCUCCCACACCCACCUGACCACAGCCUAGGGCAUGGGCAGGCACCAUGUGAUGCUAGGGAUUCCCUCUCUGUCCCCUCCCUAGCAGACUUGGUCUCUCACCAUCCAGUUGCCAGCGCUGAGGUUCUGUAGGGCACCAGCAGCAGCCUCGAGGGUGUUAAAGUUCCGGCUCUCAGUGAGGAGGGAGAGGUAGAGACGUACCACCUCAGGCUGGUACAGCAGCUCAAAGCCUGGGAACAGGGCAUCCAUGGUAACUCAGACCUUCCCCUCAGCCCAUCUUCCUUUCACCCCCGCUCAGGGCUCCCAAGACCCAGGGCUGGAUGUGAUACAGUCAGAGUAUGUUUAGUAUCAACAAGUUAACUCUUUAUGGCCACCCCAGAGGAAAGUAUUUCCAUUUCACAGAGGAACAAACAGGCUCAGUGAAGAGACUGUGGGUUUUGACAAGCAGUUCCCUUGACCUUGCUGUCAAAGAAAUGGAAUUGGGUCGCUGGCAGUCUGAGCUUCCGGGAGGCCUGGGAUGGAAGGAGAUGGCAACCAGAGGUGUUGCCCUACCAACAAAACCCAUGUUCCCUAGCAACAAGGUCUCCUCACAAUAUUAUUGAGGCUGAGUUACCAGAGCUGGGCCCCUAGCAGCAGGCCCCUGCCCCUUGUCUGAGCAGGCCUACCAUCCUGAUCCCACUGCAGUUGAGACCCUGCCUGGCAGCAGAUUGACCCCAUGCUGCUCUAGGGUCAGUCUGUCCCCAACUAGGGCUUCUGCCUGCCUGGCUCUCUACAUGUCCUCCCACCUGUCAUCUCAUCCCCCUUCCCAGUAUUCAGGCCCAUGCUCUCUCCACUUCAGCUCCACAGGGCUUUUUUUAAUGUUCCCCCAAAACUCUAAUAUCCCCCCACCAUUUGUAUAAGCUGGUCCCUCUCGUGGUGAUGCUUUCCCCUACUUUCUGCAACUGGGUCUUUCCACCCCACUUUAGGGAUGAGGGCUUAUAGGGUUGGCGGUGGUCUGUGCUCACCAGGAUAGUCCUCUCACUCAGGCUGACUUCCAGUGCUCAGUGCCCAGAACAGUGCCAGCACACAGUAGGAUUUCAAUGGCCAUGAGGGAUGAGGAGCAAGUACCACUCUAUCCCCAUGAGUUGUGGGUAGGGAUCUCCUGGUUCAGCCUAUACUGGAUCCAACUGUACCAUCCUGGCUGAACCCCCUCCAGAGUGAACCUGAGCUCUUUGGCUGACAGUGGAGAACAUGCCUGACUGGCUCUUACUCUUAUUGUGGGACUCACUCUAAUCCUCGCCCGCCUCUCAUAUGCCUGACUUCUAUGCCUCUGCCCCCCAUGCUGUCUAAAUUGACCCAUGCCACUGACCCUAACUGUGAACCCUCAGUAGGUGCCCAGAGAUUACACAGUCCUCUGUGGGUCCCCACACCUGUGAUUCUGCUUCCCCACAAGAUCCCCAUGGCCCUUUGGGCCUGUUUGGUGGAACAAGCUUCACUACCUACACAGUCCUGGGCUUGGACUUCAACUCUGCCUACUGACCUUUGGCAGCCUGUGUUUGCUUGGGAAGGUCCAAAGUGUCAAAGUUCCGGUCCAUGUCACCAUCUUUCUUCCCUAGAACAGAAGGGCAGUGAGAAGUGAGGUAGACCCUGCCAAGGGAUAAUUUUAUGUCAGGAAGGACGGACAUAGCUCUUUCCUGCCCAGAUAUCAAAAUGUACCCCCAUGUCCAGGACUGGGCACCAAGAGGCUCUAAGGACAGAGCCCCAUUCUGCAUUCAGGCAGGCAGAUCAGCCCCAGGCAGGACAAUAGUGGCAGUAGGAUCUGGGGGCAUCCUACUCCUGCUCCGAACACUCAGGACUCAUCACUGCUGGAAGCUGCAUUGUCAGCUGGAAGCUGACACACCCACCCCUACUACCACGGUCCUCUGUGGCUGCCUGGUGUGUAAACUGAGGAGACUGGGGCCAGGCUGAGGGGGCAGAUGGAUGCAGUAAAGCUGAGGGUUGAAAAGAACAGGACAUGCCUGGUCACACAGCAAGGCAGGGCUGGAGCCAAGAGUCCCAUUUACAGAGAAACUUGUCCUUGUCUGAAGCCAGGACUCAAUCAAAGGUUCUGCUGGCUAGGAGAGGCCUCCACCCAUAGUCCCAGCCCCUACAGCGGACGCACCCAAUACCUAUCAGUCUCAGCCUACACACUUCCAUGAAAGUUCAUGACCUCCCCUACUUGCCUCACCCUCCCAUCUCAACAAGGGAGCAUAUCCUCCAUUGGAAGGCAGUAGAGCUCAGUUCAGAUGACCUGGGACCCCUGUCCAGUCUCAUGGUCCCUCUGCCAUACCUUACCCUAUUUCAUUGGAGGGGCAGCCUCUGCUCUCUGGUCCAAUGAAGACAGACAUAUCUUAGCCCACUUGAGCUCUGCCCCAGCUCCAGGGCCAGUCCUGUUGGGCUGCCCAAUCUGAAGUUACAGAUGGGCACAGCCACUUGGUCUCCAACCAGUCCAGGCCUGACAUUCUGCACCUGGCAGAUCUGGACAGUAGGACAGACAGGGACUCACCUUGAUGGAACCACUCCUCUGGGCAGCCGGAGGAAGCACAGGAGAGAGGAGAUGAGCCUAAGUGGGUAGCACCCCAAGCCCUCCUGGGAAGCCACAAUUUUCACUGCACAUGCUGAGUUGAGCAGGCAGGACAUAGAAUUUUGACAGAUUACUUUUGGGAGCCAAAAGUGCACAGUGCACAGCCUGGAAGAUGCUAGUGCGGGCAGAGUGAAAUGCUGCCCUUGGGGCAUCCAGGGCCUGCACAUGCCCUGCAACAUCAGAAGGUGGCACCAUCUUUGACAUUUUCACAACUGGGACCACAGAACUCUUCCUGGAGCUGAGACUGGAUCCAGACACCAUUAGGAACACCAUGAGGGUUCACUCCUGUCCUUCCUUGUGGGUCCACAGUAAAAAUGGGGAAUGCUGGGUCUACCAGCUGGAUGCCCCAGGGUUGCAUGCCCUCCUAGGCUCCCUGACUGUCUGUCCACAACUGACUGGAUGUCCUCCAGCCUCUGUAACAGCCUUGGGAAUAGAAAACCUUUAGCCCGGGGUGGGAGGGUCUCCUAGAGCAGAACCCCAGUCCCAACCACACACCUUUGGCCUUCUUGCCACCGAAGCAGCCGGUAUCAUCCCGCCUCUGGCGCUGGGAGCCCACAGCGCCACCCAGGGGCCCAGUCUCAGUCUCCUGGUACCUAUCGGCCCCUGGCACCUCCUUAUGCACGUGGUAGGACAGGUUCCGCAUGAUGCACACGCAAUUCUCCACCGACUGUGAGGAGAGGAGAGCUGGUGGGGAAGGGCCACAUGACCAUGGAGACUGCUGACCCUCCAAGAGAAGACUGGUCAGUCAGUGUGCACCAAGGGGAGUGGUGUAUAGGAUGGGAGGGCCUGAGCUGGAGGCCCUCAUGGAUGAGACUGCCAGGGAGGAGUCAAAGGAGGGAAGGAUGGAGUAACUACCACAUGCAGGACCUUGCCCAGGACUCAGUUCCUGCCCGCCUUACAGGUUAGCCACUACAAGGUGGCUGUCACCCAGGGUCCUUCCCCUCUAUGCCACCCAGACAACUCAGAUCCUUUGGGGCCCCCUUCCUCUCCUGUCUCCCCUACCCUGUAAGGGAGACUGUGAGAGAUUGCCCAGGCCUACAACCUGCAGGACCCGCCCUGCCCUGCCAGCCACCUUGUUGUCCGUAUCCUUCCUGCCCACGGCUGACUGUAGGGCAUGUAAGAGUGCAUCCACCAGCCCUUCACACUCCCGGAGUCGCCGCCGGGCCUCUGCACCAUCCGAGCUCACGUUCCUAGUGGCCAAGAGCAAGCCAGGUGACCCCUGGCUCCCUUGGGAACUACCCCCAACCCACACAGCUUCAGGAUCUGUCUUCAUCUGCAACAUAGGCCCUAAUAUUGCCCUGUUGGGCCUAUGGGCAGAUGUUACCAGCCUGAAUACAAGGCAGGUGGACAGCAGAGGCCUGACUACUAAGACCUUAGGAGAGAGUUCAGGCCUGGCAUCUCUGGGGGUUGGGGAGGCAUCCCUGAUUACCAGCUGAUUUAGAAAGGGACAAAAAGUAUGUUCAGAGGUCUGAGUUGAUGCACAAACAAUUCUGGCCUCCCCCUGCCCCCACUCCAGUGGCACCUCUGUGCUUCGCUUUGCACUGUUGGGACCCAAAGGGCUACAUUGGCAUGUUCUGUGGGACAGACAGAAUUAUGGGCACCCAGGACUAUCUGGGGGUAUCUACAGGAUAAGAGUGAGGGCAGGGAUCACAAGGAGAUAGUAUGAGGCCUCUGAACACUGGAGAAAGGGUCCUGGCCUCCCUGCCUCUGAAUGCCACAGUGACAAGAGGGUACAGUCAAGCUGGGCAGAACUGGAAUCCUUGGGUAUCACACAAAGGGCAGCACACCUUGUCCAGAGUACCCUUAGGGGUCAACAAAGCCCCUUUAGACUCUAUUCUCAAGACUUGGGGAAAAAAUGUGACAAGGUUUAGAAGCUCCUAAGACUUGGGCAGCUAACUUUCAUGUUACUGGGUCACAACGAUGUGGCUGUCACUAAGACAGGGUCCCAAUCCUGGAGGGGCAAGCCCGCAAUGAGGCCUGAUGCCUGCCUCCUGAGCAGGCACAGUCCACUGAACAGCCCCGAGAGCACCCAGCCCGGCCCACACCUCAAGCAGCCUGAGGUAUUCUUGAAGACAGUUGUCCACUCAGCAUCCCGCGGCUUAGAGUCCUCAUUGGGCUCACGCUCCCAGCCCGAAUGGGGCACAAUGACCUCGUGGGUUAGCGUCUGUAGUCCAUGGUCAAUGAUAACCAUCUUCAGGGGCUCGUAGGAUGACAGGUUCCAAAGUGUGCCUAUGGGAUGCACCAAUGACUCAUGCUAACCAUGAGCAUGACCCUUCCCACCUCCCCACAACGCUGCUCAGUAGAUGCCCAGUCUCUAUCAUGCCACAGCUGGCACCAGAAGUGACAAAGGUCAUGGGAGAUCCUAAACACCUGGCCCGGCUUGGGACACCCAGUUAGCAGCUCCAGGUGGUCCACAGGGGCUGGCAGGCAGCCUGGGAAUGGACACAUGGGUGCCAUCUCCCCCACCCCCAUCUUAGUCACCUGGGUGGGUGGGACUAAUGCCUCUGCGGCCACGGGACCACUCUGAUGGUCAUGUGACUAGGGUCCCACUAGGUGCAAUCUCCACUAAUGCACGGUGAGGGUAGUGUGGAGCCAAAGUGGCAAGAUGAGGGCAGGUAGGGAGGAGGCUGGCCUGAGGGUCCCAGUGCCAGUCCUACCUGCAGCAGCAAUGUCUAGAAGUAGAGACUGGGGACCAGUUAAAGCAGCUGAAACUCCUGAAUAACAGGGUGCUUUCCCUGGCCGAAAGACCCAUGGUGCAUACCAACCCCCAGGCCAAGCUUGCUCUUCUCUCUUCCCAGGGAAUGGAAGGCAGCCAGGAGUCACUCACCAGUGACUAGCUCUCGAACCUCAUUGUCCCGGGCAGCCCGCAGCAGGCGCACCAGGGCAGGCACACCACCACAGUCCCGGAUGGCAGCUUUGUUGUCGGUGUCCCGGCCAUAGGAGAGGUUCCGCAGUGCCCCACAGGCCCUGCGCCGCACUUCUGCCCUGGGGUGGUCCAGUAGAGCCACAAGCAGUGGCAGCCCCCGUAGCUGCCGCACACGCUUCUUGAUGCCCUCAUUCUCAAAGCACAAGUGCUGCAGGUAGGCAGCUGCAUUGGCCUUCACAGGGUCCACAGGGUGCCGCAGCAUA